AUGGCAUAUGGUGGAUCUUCUCAUUAUGGAAUGUCCAAAGUUGGGGAGGAGUUCAUGGCAGGGGUUUUAAACCAUCUUCCUUCAAUUUUGGCAUUUACAGCACCAAUUCCAAAUAGUUAUGAUCGCAUACAACCCAAUACUUGGAGUGGAGCAUACAAGUGUUGGGGAAAAGAAAACAGAGAGGCUCCAUUGAGAACGGCAUGCCCACCUGGAGUUAUGGAUGAUGUUGUGAGCAACUUUGAGAUUAAAGCAUUUGAUGGGUGUGCAAAUCCAUACUUGGGCCUGGCUGCUGUAAUUGCUGCAGGAAUUGAUGGCCUUCGGGGACAUCUUAAUCUGCCUGACCCCAUUGCAGAUGCAAAUCCUGAUAGCCUUGGUGUAGAACUGGAAAGGUUGCCAAAGUCCCUUUCUGAAUCUGUGGAAGCUCUUGAGAAAGACACUAUACUGAAGGAUUUGAUUGGCGAAAAGCUUUUGAUUGCUAUAAAAGGGGUUCGUAAGGCAGAGAUCAAAUACUACUCAGAAAAUGAGAAUGCAUACAAGAAACUUAUACACCAGUAUUAG